UUGGGGCGUCUCCGGAUGGGAGGAGUUACAGGGGCGGAGGCUGGAGUCUGGCGUGACCACUGCGGGCUCGGAGGAAGGCGGAAGGAGCCCAGGGAGGACGAAGUUGCUUUUGGCUGAGCUGCAGCCAAAGGGAGGUGGGCAACUUGCAAGUGGAGCCUCGGACCCAGAGCAGCCAUGGAGGCGGGGCUGCUCUUGCAAUUCUGCAACUGGAGCACGCUAGUGGUGUGCAUGGUCAUCAAGUUCCCGCAGAUCUUCGCCCUGCUUUCGGCUAAGAGCUCGCGGGGUGUCAGUCUGAAAAGUUUGCUUCUGGAGCUAACUGGAUUCCUUGUGUUCUUACGAUACCAGAGUUAUUACAACUACCCCCUACUGACCUACCUGGAGUACCCAAUCCUCAUUGCACAAGAUAUCGUACUCUUGCUAUGUGUUUUUCAUUAUGAUGGAAGCAUGAAGCAGGCCAUACCAUAUAUUGCCAUAUUUCUGGGUGGAUGGUACUUUCUGACUCUUCAAAAAUGGAUAAUAGACUUGGCAAUGAAUUUGUGCACCUUUAUUAGUGCUGCCAGCAAGUUUGCCCAGCUCCAGUACCUGUGGGAGACAAGGGAUUCUGGUGCAGUGAGUGCCCUAACCUGGAGCAUGUCUGCCUAUACUUGUGCAACAAGGGUAAUAACAACUUUAAUGACCACACGUGAUCUUAUGGUUCUUAUCCGUUUCCUGAUCAUGCUAGCUCUAAAUAUAUGGGUAACAACUACAAUACUUCGAUAUAGAAGAAUAACUACAAAGCAUGAGUAACAGAGCAUCUCCAGAAUGAAACACAACUCAAACUGGAGCAACUUAUCUUCUCCAGCAUGAUUGAAGACAUUUGGGUUUUAAAAUCAGGAUGAUUUUAAGUGUGGCAACCUUACUAUCUAAACAUUUUUUUCUACUUUCAGUUUGAAGCUAGAAGUAAAUUUUCCCCUGAGGAAAAAUUUUGAACAGAGUGAGCUGGAAUUAUAUCCCAGAGAUUUAAUUUCAGUAACCAGAAGGGAGCUUAUUAGUCAUCUAAUCCAAAUCUUGAGGUAUUGGGUGUGUGUGGAUGUAAAGGGAAAGUCACUUGACUUAAGAUAGUGACUUGAUACCUUGGCCAGUGUUUUUUCCAUUGUACCACUUUAGCCUCAAAUUGUCAUUAAAAAUCUCACUGUCUUGGUCAUUUCCUAAUGGAUGAUGAGAUACUACACAUGCAACAAUGCCAUUUUGAUGCUUAGUUUCACAUAAGGCCUCUAUUAUUUGAAAAAACACACAAUUAUCUUCACUGGAUUUUGAAACUAAGGUAGCUGAACAAGACCAGUUUUUGUUUUUUGAAAAGAAAAUAUAUGGGCUCAUAAAAUUUAAGUGGAAGGGACCUUUUUCUUUAUCAUUGCCCUUUUCUAGAUCAUAAAAUUAAAAAAUAAAAAAUUUGUUGAUCUCAUAGUUCAAGUGAAGAUAAAUUCAGAGGAGGACAAAUGACUGGCCCAGGAUAGAAUCAGUAUUAGAAUACUAACCAUACUAAAUCACAAGGGGUUAAUGACUAAUUCAAUGAUGUGAACAUAAGCUUUCUACUAUCUACUGCUGUCAUUUGAGCACAAUUCUCAUACAUUAUACCUUUCCCUUUUUUUGACUUUAUAAUUAGAUGGGAAUGAAGCAAUAACUUAAAGAAAAAAAUACCUGCUUGUUUGCAUGCAAAUUUGAUUUUUAAAAAGCAUGUAAAAAAUAAACAUUGAUACUUUUUAUAUUGGCUUGUAUAAAACUGAAUUUCUGGGAACUGGUCAUGAUUUUUCAAAAAUUUGCAAGGAUACCAUUAGUGGACAUUCUUUUAGGGGAUUUUGUUGACAAAAUUUUUAUCAUUUAGUGGAUUAUUUCCCCAUAGGUAGCUUGUAACAAUUAAGCAAAUUGUCUACUUUCCAGCUUAGCUGGGCAUGUCAGAGCUUGCAUGUUGUUGGCAAAUCUUUGGGAACCCAAGUCAUGGUGAAGCACUUCAGAAAGACGAGUUGUAUGAUUGAUAGCUUUUAAACUGCUUAAAUAGUUGUUAACCCUUUCAUGGUGGGGCCAAAAAGAAGAGAAAAUACUUUAUAUCUCAAUAAAACAUUCUUUCCUUAAUUAAA